AACUGGGGUCCCGUUCUUCGCGAAAAUACCUAAGUUCGAACGUCCUCAUUCUUAUCUUUGUUCUCUGUCAAUCUAUCUCCACGCUCCGAAGACCGACGCCAACGCCACCUCCACAAAGUCAUCGCAGCGCGUGUUCCUCCGCCGAACGUCUACGUCCCCCGCCCACUCCACGCCACAGGAAGCAAGGUGAAAGGCAAGAAAAAGGAGGAAAAAUGUCUCGGAUACUGGUGCAGCCAGUAGGGCAAAAGAGACUGACGAAUGUCGCUGUGGUCCGUCUCAAGAAGCAUGGCACUCGCUUCGAGAUUGCCUGCUACAAGAACAAGGUUCUCUCUUGGCGCUCUGGAGUUGAGAAAGAUUUGGAUGAAGUGUUGCAGUCACAGACGGUUUAUUCAAAUGUUUCAAAAGGAAUUCUUUCCAAGUCAAAAGAUUUGCUUGCGGCUUUUGGAACUGAUGAUCAGGGCAAAAUAUGCUUGGAGAUUUUGGAUAAAGGAGAUCUUCAAGUGGCUGGGAAGGAGAGAGAAUCUCAGUUAUCUAGUCAGUUUCGAGAUAUUGCGACCAUUGUUAUGCAGAAGACCUUCAAUCCUGAAACUCAACGUCCUUACACCAUUAGCAUGAUUGAGCGACUUAUGCAUGAAAUUCAUUUUGCUGUUGAUCCACAUGGUAGCUCAAAGAAGCAGGCGCUGGAAGUUAUACAUGAGCUUCAGAAGCUCUUUCCAAUAAAACGGUCGCCAAUGAGAUUACGACUCUAUGUUCCAGAAAAGAAUUAUUCCUCUCUUUUGGAGAAGCUGAAUAUCUGGAAUGCUACCAUUGUUUCAAAAGAUGAUUUUGGAAGUCAGCCGUCUAUUGUUUGUGAAAUUGAUCCUGGUUUGUAUCGGGACUCUAGUGAAUUUGUGAGCAAUUUGCAAGGACGGUUUGAAGUUCUUGCACACUCUGUGCAUGUGGAGGGAGAUGAUACCCAUGUAGAUGAUUAUGAUGAUUAUGACAACAUGCCAUCAGGCUCUAAGGAAUCUGCUAAAUAUACAUCUGAACUAAGCGAGAAAUUCCAAAAACAGACCACUGUUUCUGUUGAAAGUGGGAAUGCCAAGGGGGAGGGGAAGCAAAAUAAGUGCAGUACGUGCAAUGCAUUUUUCGGGGAUUCCAAGGAGUUCAGGGAUCACUUCAAGGGUGAGUGGCACAAGCAUAACGUGAAGCGCAAGACCAGGCAACUCCCUGCCCUUACUGAAGAAGAGUGCAUGGUUGACCCAGAAGUGGGUGACUCGAGGGCAGAUUUGAAGGAAUAUUCAUUUUAAAUUUCCACACGUAUUAGAUGAUAGUAAAAGAUGUUUUGCACUGGUGUUUAGAUUCCCUUAUGCUUAAAUAAAUGUUUGUAUAUUUCUGUGUUUCAAA